AUGGAGCACGGUACAGUAUGUCCCGAAGAGAAUCGCAUGAAUUUCACGCUUCUACUACCAGCGGCUGGGAAGAUCCAGAUUGAAAUCCAGAUUUUCAAAGAGAGGCAUUGGAGCAAAUUUAAUUGCCAGUUUGGUCCCUGGUGUAUUGUCGAUGGGGAAAGCUAUACAACUUGGGAAUACUGUGAUAUCCGCUUCUGCGAACGCCGAGUUGAUGUUGGAACCAAGGGGGGCAAAUAUCCUGAAUGCCGAUUGUCGGAGAAGGGGAUCGAGUACGUGGGAAGCCAGAACACAACCGAGAUUGGGCAUGAUUGCCUGCAAUGGGAAGAGCAAUGGCAAUAUUAUCAGGAAGUCUUCUCAUUCGGAGUUUCUUUGCAUGCUUUCCUUCGAAGCUCGAAAUCUUCAGAAAAUCACUGCCGGAAUUUCCAGCAUUAUGACAGGCCGUGGUGCUUUGUCUCCGACCCCAAGACAGUGUGGGAGUACUGUGAGAUCCCCUUCUGCCACGACCCCAACCCACCGGAAUGCAAGCUGAGCCGUCAUGGAAUGGAAUACAUGGGAAAGCUGGACGUGACGAUGUCUGGCUACCCCUGCAAGCCUUGGCUGACGAUGAUAGGACCCAAACUGUUUCAAGCCCAAGUAUAUCAAUACGUAAUUUCAGACGAACUUGAUGGCAGCCACCGGUUCUGUCGCAAUUACGAUGAAAAUCGCCACGGCCCAUGGUGUUUCUCUGACACUGAAAACGGACCUGAGUGGGAGUAUUGCGAUGUUCCCUUUUGCUCCCAAGUAGACGGGAGACCGUGCGAGAUUAAAGUGGCAGGAAAUUGCGUCACCCCACGCGAGUGCAAACAGGACGAGGAAGGUACAACUUAUAUUGGUACGGAAAACAUCACUAAGAAGGGAUUCCAGUGCCAGGCGUGGAUUAGUAAUUCACCAAACAACCAACUCACCACCCUCCUGGACUAUGGUGAUCUUGGUCAAUAUUCCUAUUACGACAGA